AUGAUAAAAUAUUGUUGUUUCAUAGGAAUACUUAUUUCCUAUUACAUAAAUGCUCAAUAUUAUACAGAAAGCGAAAUCAAACAAAUAUGCAGUCAAGGAAACGCUGACUCAAAUCCACCCUCAUUAUCACCAGGAAAUGACACAAUUGACUUUAUCAAUAAAUUCAAAAGAAAAAAUUACAUGAGACAGUAUUAUGGUCCAGAUACAAAAGUUUUUGCUUACGAUGACAGAGUGAAAUAUGCAUUUGAUAUUACGCCUUGAUGCGUAUUUCUCUAUUUCUUUGCUUUUGGGAUUAUCUUUUGGAGCAUGUAUGUUUUCUGUAUUUGCUGUAAAUGCUGCUACUGUUUUAGCGGUCCUGCUACAAAAAUACAGAGCAAGCGAAGACUGGCAUGCCCAUGAAUAAUAUUGAUGACUUUUGGCUUAUUUUCUUUGGUCUUAGCACCUUAUAGCAUUUUUUACUCAAACAACUUGGAAACAAAUUUUUAUUAUCAGCUGUGUGUUACUUCUAGAUGAUCUGAAGGCUAUUUUUAUGGGUAUGACAAUUGAGGCGGACUAACUCAGAUUCAAGAUUUGAGUACCCAAUUUGAAGGUAUUUUGAGUGAUACAGCAGCUUCAAUGAACUCAACAUUAUAUAAAUAUUAUCACGAUCCAAAGUAUGAAAUUUCAAGCAUCUUAGAAGACUCUGUCUCUGUUUUUGAUAGCUUUAUUGAAGGGGUCAACAUUGAAGAAUUCAAAAACCCAAAUUCAGAUUUCAGCUCGCAGCUUCCAAGCGGCUACAAGUGUGAAGUGUGUAAGAAUCUUAGCAAUUAUGUUGACUCUUUCAGUACAGAGGUGUACUCUUUGACUGACGAAAGAGCUGCGAUGAUGCAAACAGUUGAUGAUUCGUAUUCUAUGUACAUCAACAAGAACAGUACAAUCAUCGAAACAGUAAAAGAACAAAUUUCAUGGCUUGACCACUUAACAUAUCAGUAUCACGAAUACGAAAGCCACUACCUAAAGAUGUUUAAAGAUGUAAACGUAAUUUAGCUAGCUGACGCAGUUGCUGUCAUUUUUGGCUAUAAUAUGGCAAUGCUGGGACUUGCCAUUCUUUUGACUUUCUGCCAAGCCUUGGCAGGUUUCAUGAUAUGGAGGCAGCAAUACAAGUGAAGGACGAUGAUCCAUAUAAAUUGAUGCUGCCACUCACUUAUGAUGUCCUUUUUCUUUUCAGUAGGCGGAAUAAUGUUGGUUUCAGCUUUGGUAGUUAGCGAAGGAUGUGAAAUUUUUGCUGAUGUAAUUCAAGAAAAUAAAUUCUAUCUUCACUUCGUAAACUAUAAUUAGGAUCUUCCAGGAGGAGCUGCAAUUGGGUAUUGCUAUUUUGGAGAUGGUGAUUUCCCAGAUUUCAUAAACCUGACAGACACUUUAACUUUUGUAGAUACUCUGCUGUAUGAAUACGAAAAUACAACAAGCAUGAAAUGAGAGUUUGAGUUUCCUUCUCUUAAUAAAGUGAAUUCAUUGAUUUCUGAUUCAAGCUUAAAGUCGUAUUUAAGUGUAGAUAAUUCCAGUGAUUACUGGCAUGAAGAUGAUGAAAUUAAUUUCUUUCUAUUUUCUCCAAGUAAUCUGUAUUAUAAGCAAAGCGAUUUUGCAAACAUCUACACAGAUGCCACAGUAUAUCAAACUCAGAUAAACCAUUGUGGGUAUAAGGUUUUAACUGACUAUUGGGUUUACUUAAAAGAAAGCUGCCCUUCUACUUAUGUUUAUUCCUGGGGAGUUUCCACAACUGAUGUGACUCAAAUGUAUUGUUAUGCCUUGCACGAUGCUCAGGAAAAUGAUAUCAAAUCUCGAUACACCAAGCAAGGAUUCUUCUCUUCUUGCACCAAUGUGAAUACCAAUACAUAUCCUGAGAUGAUUCUGCAAUUAUUAUAUCGAGCGAACUCUUCAUGGAGUCUACAAACGUCAUUGGUAAGCGACCAAUAUACACUGAAAAAUAAUACGUACUACAUGAAUAGUAAUAUAACUAGUUUUGGAGAGAAAAUGACAAACUAUAACAAUGCUAUAAACGCAGCCAUGGCCGAUAUGAAAAAUUUGAAAACAAAAAUGGAGAAUUACUUGAGCACUAUGAAUUGCUCUGAUAUUUAUUCACUGACUCAAGAACUUUAUACAGGGUUCUGUGGAGAAUUUAUUUACAACCUCUUUGACUUGUCACUGUACAUAGGCAGCUUAGGAAUUUGCCAAAUGUUUCUCAGUUUAUCUGCAAUCCUUAUUUUAUUCAGAUACAGAAGCGAUCUAGAAAUUGAGCAAGAAAAAAUCUUGAGGACAAUUGGUGACAAGAAAAGAAAAGUCAGUGAGAAUGACACUGAGCUGCCAAGAAUUGACUCACGGAUUUCUGAUAUAAAGAGAAGGAGGGGAAGAGACCUAACCGAUAUAUCAGCGACUUCAAGUAUGGAGGAUAUUACAAGCAGAACUGAUGACAGCUCUUCGAUAGUAUUAGAAGCAAUCAACCCUAAGCGAAGAGUAAAAAUAGAAGUUUAG